AUAACACCCAUGAUCACUGGAGGGAAAUAUUUCAAAGACUUAAUUUGGUUGGUUGUCCAGUCAUCAUAAGAACCCCAAAGCAUUUAUGAGAUAUUGUCUUAAAUGUACUUUUGGUGAAGGAUAUUUUCAGGGUUUGAUCUGAAAAUCCACAAGCGACUGAUUCAGCAUAGACCAGAAAACACUAGUCUGAAUUUGACUGAGGCAGAUUUUAAAUUAAGCUACACACUGGAGGACGUCCAAACCCUUGAGUCAACAUGAACACCUUCUCCCAUGCAUUUGAGCAGCGACCUGACCUCUUGAAUAAGGCCAGUCUACAGUACGGUAUGUCUCCCCCUGCUACUCAUAGUGGUCAUCCUCACGCCAGCACUGAGAUGUUCACGCGCUCCGUACCCUUCCUCUUCUACCCGACAGGUGUAGACUCUGGAUUUUAUGAAAACUCAUACCGAAACACUCCAGCUCUUAUACCCUACCUGCCCCCUUUUCACGGGCGAUUUGGCGUUUACGAGUGCCCGUUCGAACCAGCCUUCAUUCAGAAACGCAACGAACGAGAGCGUCAGCGAGUCAAGUGCGUGAACCAGGGCUAUGCCAAGCUAAGGGACCAUCUGCCGGGGAGCACCGGCGAGAAACGUCUGAGCAAAGUGGAGACCCUUCGCGCCGCCAUCCGCUACAUCAAAUACCUGCAAGGUCUGGUGGACGGGGAGCGGCGAGAGGGAGUUCGGGAGAACUUCAAUUCCCACCUCAGGGUGGACGUGUCGGGCAACAGCGAUGGAGGAUCGCCGCGGUCGUUGUCCUUGCCCUCCUCUCCUGGACUCUACUGCGAGGAUACCGAGGGGUCAGGAAUGUAACUGACCUGAGGGCUAAAAUGAUAAUGGGGAAAUAUCACACAACAAUAUUUCACUGAACAUUCACUUUAGUUUUGAUGACUUAACUUAUUUUAGGAGCUAAAUGUAAAGAGGGAGACUGAGCCUCUCAUUUGGAGGGUACUGAGACAGUUCAACAGAAAGAUCCUUACUCUUCAGACUUGAAUACUGUAUAUUUAGUUUUUUUUUUCUGUGUUGUGUUUAAUACUGUUAUAAAGGUCUGUCUAUUUUGUCAACAUAACGUUUUUCAAAAGUCUCUAGAAAUUAAAUGAGUUUACAACCCUGACGAGUUUUACCUGUUAAACUGAGCCCCAGUCUGCUUUUUCUCUGAGAAGCUGUGUGAUGUUGUAGUACAACACUGCCAUCAGCUGGUUCUCAUUCACUUCCACAGUCAAGUGCACACAUUAUGAUCCUGAAAAGUGACAUUUUGUGUCAGAACUUUGAAAGCCACCC